CUGGAUAAGAUAAUUCUACAAAAAAAAAAAAAUUAGUUAAAGUUACCUAAAACUAAAGGUUGUGUUCGUUCCGCCGCGCUGUUCCUGUGCUUGCCUUAGUCUUUGACUUCCUCCAAACUUUUGCACCGCAGAGAAUAACCCUGCAGCACCAGGCCGCGCCUAACCCUACUCACUCACAAAGAAUGUCCCCUUUGAGCCACUGUGAUACCCGCUGGCGACUCCCACAGAUUCCUGAGGAUUGGCUGGGACGGCAAAUAAAACACUGUUUGCCUAUCAUCAAGUCGAUAAGCCACACUAUAAACGAGGACAGGCACCUGUUCUCAGGCUAUGGCUGUGGCACGGACGCUAUUUCUCCCUCAUGUGAGACCUGGAAAGGAAGCUUUGUCUCUGGCCAAGAGAAAAGCUCUUUAGGGAAGAAAAAGCCCGAAAUGGGUCUGCUGAACUCUAAAAACCCCAAAGGCAAGCAAGCCCACAUCCUUCUGCUGGGGCUGGACUCCGCGGGGAAAUCGACUCUGCUGUACAGGCUAAAGCUGGCGGAGACCGUCAGCACCAUCCCGACCAUCGGCUUCAACGUGGAAAUGGUCCAGCUGCAGGGCGGGCUGGCGCUCACGGUGUGGGACGUGGGCGGCCAGGAGAAGAUGCGAGCCGUCUGGGACUGCUACUGCGAGGACGCCCACGGGCUGGCGUACGUGGUGGACUGCUCGGACGGCGCGCGGCGGCUGGAGGACUCCCGCCGCGAGUUCAAGCACAUCCUACAGAACGAGCACAUCCGGAACGCGCCGGUCGUGGUCUUGGCGAACAAACAGGAUUUGCCCGGAGCCCUGAGCGCCGAGGACAUCACCAGGAUGUUUAAGGUGAAGAAGCUGUGCAGCGACCGGAACUGGUACGUGCAGCCCUGCUGCGCCGUCACCGGGGAGGGGCUGGACGACGGCUUCAGGAGACUGACAGAGUUCGUGAAAAGCCACCUCAAGGCCAGGGAGACCCUGGCGUUCUUCAAGCAGAAGUGAUGCCGCGGGGCCGCCCCAGCCUCGAGGGACGGUGAGGAGACGGAACUCCGCCUUGUUUCCCACGUAAAGCGAGGAAAGGAAGUUACCGAGUCGGCGGCCUUUUCCGGAGAGUUUCACCCCGUGCAGCUACAGAAGGAACUUUAGAGCAAACUAUGGGGUAACGAUGAUCGAGGCGGAAGAAUGUGCAUUUUUGAAACGGUUAAAGCGUUGGAUGACUUGAAAGUCAAAUUUAGACCUGGAUAAAUGUUUACUAAUUUUAUAUGUUUAAAUAGCUGUUUGCUUACAUGGUCAGGUUUUUUUUUUUCCUCAAAUAGUUUCCAGCUGUUACAGGUAUUGAAUUUCUACCCUUUUCCUGGGAGAGAAAACAACAAGAAAUUUAAAUUGUAAAGAGGGAAAAGGUUGAUGUUAACCUUUUGAAAAAUCCUUGUUUUCUAAAAAUAACCUGUCCUCCAAUCCUGUCAGCUUUUUUUUUUUAUCUUUUGCUGCUAACUUCCAUGAAUGAGUCUUUUAAAAUAUAUAUAUUUUUAAGUAA